CCGACGAUGCCCGCCGCCGACGCGGACGCGCCCGCGCGCGACGACGACGCGGGAUUCGUCGUGCGCACCAUCUCGAGGCGUCCGUGCGUGACCUGCGUCGCGACGCUCUUGUUCGCCGCGAUAAUUUCCGCCGUCGGUUUGGUGACGGGGACGCUCGAGGUGCAGACCGAAGGCUGGGAAACGCGCGGCACGCCGAUCGCGAAUCGCCAGGUGCCGUACAGCCUGUACAGCGAGAGCACGUUCGACGACGGCACGACGAACAACGCGUACCUGAGCGAACCGAACGCGCGACGAAAGUUGUUGUCUGGGACGCCCGACUGCGGAACGGGGGGGCAGUACGACUCGGAGAGCAACAGUAACAUGGAGGACGACAACAAUUUUCACUUGAUAUUCGAAUCGACGGGGGGGGAUUUGUUCACGCCGGAAGCGUUCGCGGAUAUGUGCAAGGCGACGGAGUCUUUCAUGGAUCACGCCAACGGGGGCGGCGACGGCGACGACUUUGGAAGCCUGUGCGAGCGACAGAGCGUAUGCUCGAGCGCCAGCGAUCCGCCGGGGACGACGUCGUCGGAUUGGUCGUCGGGUGGGACGUAUAAAGGAACGUGGCAGAACUGGCAGAUCGAAACUUCGGGCUCGCCUUCGACGUACAGGCGAUGCUCGCGGGCCUUUUCGUACCCCACGUAUCUGUACAUGAACACCGCCGGGGCCUCGAGCUGCGACGACUACUUAACAAACUCUGCGUUGCAAACGGCUCUGACGAAUUUGAAGACAUACUUACUCGCCUGCGCCCCCGUGAAGGCUGCUGAUUCUGAGGCGGCUUGUUCGGGAACUUCGCCUGUGCCUUGGAAGUCGGCGGCGCUCGGUGAAGCUUUCGGCUUAAAUGGCGUCACCGAUUUAUCGCUCACCCGCUCCAUCAUCCCAACGACUGGCAACAGCGAUAUGAUCGCAACAUGGGGUUUGAACACGUGGGAAGGCGGUUGGACGUACUCGAGUUCGUAUUUCAACGUGUACUAUGACACCGCUAGUUCGGACGUAAAAGACGCGUAUGUCGACGAACAGCUGUUCAAAGACUUGGCGCUCGCCGUCAGCGCCAUCUCCAUCAUUAUCAUCUUGAUGUGGGUGCACAUGGGUUCGGUGCUAUUGACCGUGGGUGGAAUCGUACAAGUGCUACUGGCGUUCCCGUCGGCCAUUUUCUUCACCAAGACGCUCUGUCAACUCGACUUCUUUCCGUUUCUCAACUUCAUCGGUCUUUUUGUGAUCGCCGGCAUCGGCGCCGACGAUUGCUUCGUGAUGUACGACAAGUUCCAACAGUCCAAGUGUCGGUGCGUCCCCGGGGCGAACGCUACGGAAGUCAUGAAACGCGCGUAUUGGGAUUCCGCGUGGGCCAUGUUUUUGACGUCGAUGACUACGGCUGCAGCGUUCUACUCGAACGCAAUCAUACCCAUCGCUCCCAUUCGCGUCUUCGCAAUUUUCAUGGGCACGAUGGUCAUAUUUGACUAUCUGUAUGAUAUCACGAUAUUUGCCGCUUUGCUGGCAUGGCAGCACGACGUCAUCGUUGGGUACGAAAACACUGGCAAGAACACGUUUGGGUCGUGGUUUCUGGAUUUUUAUGGCUCAAUCGCACGCUUUCGAGCCAACUGCAAGAAAGGACCACCAAAAACCCGCGACGCUGACGAUGUCAUCGAUUCCAACCGCGAACGAAGAUCGGUGGCUGAAGCUAUGCUCGCAGACAAAGUGUUCCCCAUCAUUCACACACUCCGGUGGUUCCUCGUGGUGGCUCUCAUCGGUGCUUUUGCGGGCGGCAUGGUCGGCACUUUGAAGCUGUCGACUCCGCGUGACUCGGAAGUCCAAUUGCUCCCUGACGACCACAUGUUCACGAAAUUUUCGUUCCUCAGGCGUUCAGGCUUCAAGAGCUCAACGGAGUCUCAGGUGUGGACGAAAGUUCUGUGGGGGGUUACUCCGUCGGACAAUGGCGAUCACUUCAACCCCGCGAGCCGAGCUUCGAUUGAAUGGGACACGUCGUUCGAUCUUUCACCCACUGCGAAUCAAAACUGGUUGAAGACUUUUUGCAGUGACACAAAGUCGAACAUGGCGAACGAUAACGCAGCGUAUUGUUGGUUCGAAUACUUUGAAACUUGGCUCGGCUCGGCGGGUGGCCCGACCGAGUGUGGCGGCUACAAAUUCAUUCCAGUCCCUCAGGCCAACUUUUACAGUUGCGUCAAGUAUUACGCCGAUCAGAAUCCAAGUGUACAGAUGAUGUCUCGCCCACUCUCGAACGCGUUCUACACUAGUAAUGGCCAAACAAGGAUGAAAAUCAUGUCGGUGCAGUUCGCCACAAACGUAUUGUGGACCGCGCCUACGGAAGACCUUGAAAAAGUCUGGCAAACUUGGGAGAACUAUUUCGCGGCCAAGAUGGCGACAGCACCAGCUGGACUUAAGAACGGGUUUCAAACGUCUGACGCAUGGGCUUGGAUGGAUACCGUCGCUCAGAUGCGAGACGGUGCGUACAUCGCGGCCGGGACGACGCUCGCAAUCGCUGCGGUGACGACGAUGAUCUCCACGCAAAACGUCAUCAUCACCUUGUACUCACUGUUGUGCAUCUUGACGAUUCUCGUCGUCACGGUCGCCGGGGUCGUUUCCAUGGGCUGGAAUCUCGGGUUCCUCGAAGGGAUCUGUCUCGUCAUCUUAAUCGGGCUUUCGGUUGAUUACGUCGUUCACAUCGGGCACGCGUACGCGCACGCUGCUCGCCACGAAGGCGUCAGUCGUCGGGAAUGCGCUCGCUCGGCGCUCAGUGUCAUGGGUUUCCCCGUCCUCGGUGCGGCGUUCACAACUCUGUGCGCUGCGCUUGCGUUACUUCAAGCCGUGAUCGUCUUUUUCACAAAGUUCGGCACCAUCGUCGUGCUCUCCGCCGUCUUCUCGUCCAUCGUCUCCGUCGUGUUGUUCAUCGGCCUGCUCGCGGCGGCGGGUCCGGUCAACGGUAUGGGCGACGUCACGCGCCUCUGUGGACGAAAAGCGUUGUCCAAGAGCAAGAGCAUUGCGUACUAAUCGGUGCAACUUGUACGGCUUUUUACAAAUUUUUCACUUUACUGUAAUUUAUUACAACACUCUUCACACGCCGGCCU